AAUAUUUCUCAUGUUCUAUUAUUUAUUAUAGAUGUUAAUUCUAUCCGAAAACAAAAUUUAUUUCCCCUGGGUAUAAUUUGUGGAAUGACACAACACGAAUUGGAACUCGUAAAUUAUAUAUAAUUUGUAGAUACGAAUAUGCAUGCAUGUAAUUGACGAUACGUACAUAUUUUUGUUAAUUGAUAGUGUGGUACGAUAUGCGUUGGCCGUGAAGACGAUCGGAUAAGUCGAUUGCCCGACGAAAUCCUCGUCGAAAUCCUGUCUUUCCUAUCUCUAAAGGAAUCCGCACGCACGAGCAUUCUCUCUUCUCGUUGGACGAACUUGUGGAAACACACCACUCGUCUCUACCUAGACAUGGACGGUGGGUCAUCGUUGCGCAAGACGAAACACUUUGAGUUUCGGACAGUGUUAAUCAGACGCGACACGAGUAGCGAGUACGUGCGCUGGGUGGACCGAGUCCUUGAAUCGCACAAAGGUCUCGUCUUGAAAGAGUUCGUAAUCCGUUCUUGUCUAGGGUUACAACACGAGGAGCCAAUCACUCGAUGGCUCGAGUACGCGUUGGCCAGGCAAGUUCAUAGCCUGGAGUUGAACCUCGAACCUUGGUACGACAAUUCCAUGUACGGCCUCCCCAGGGAGCUUCUCGUCGCGGGGGAUUCCCGAUUCAAGUCAAUCCGAGCGUUGACUUUUAAAGACGUUAGCGUGAGCGAAAAGGAUAUUGACUUCUUCUUGCGAAACUGUCCUCUGCUCGAAGAGUUGAUCGUGUUCAACUCCCCGGCGCUGUCGAACCUCGAAAUUUGUGGCCCGUCGCUCGCGUUGAAACACUUGGAGAUAGUUUUCUGCAGGCGUUUGAAAUCGCUUAGGGUUUCCGCGCCGAACCUUGCUCGUUUUUGGGUCGCGACGUACAAUGGAUUGUUGGUUGGGAACUUGCCGAUGCUGGUCGAGAUUCUUGCUCAGUGCAAAGACGAUGAUGUUUCCUUGGCACAUUUGUUUUCGACACUGUCGUCCAGUUCGCGAUUGGAGACUCUUCGUCUGACGAUGUUUCAAUCACGGGGAAUGCACGAGCUCCACAAUCUUUCUCUACUGCCUAAACUGAAGAAGAUGGUCAUAGAAUAUAUUGACAAGGGCCGCAAAACUAUUUUCCAACUCUACGAUUUGAUAAGGGCAUCCCCUUUCUUGGAGGAAUUUGUUUUGAAGUAUCAAAGUGGGUGUAUUCCGAGGACAGAUAACGAAGUGGAGGAUGCCAUAGUGUCGUCUCCACACCACCACCUUAAAGUGGUUGAAUUUUCCGGAGGUUUUGGUCGAACUAGUCUUCUUCGAUUCGUCGACUACAUUUUGGAGAACUGUGUUGUGCUUGAGAAAGUAAUUGUCGAUCCGUGUUAUGGAGCAUCGAACCUUAUUAUGCUUGAUAAUAUGUUAGAUUUCCAAGAAAAUGUAAGAAAGAAAGCAAAGCAACACUUUGAAGCACGAGUUCCUCAGCACGUUGAAUUGGUUAUUCUUUAAAUUGGAUUAUUUAGGCAUCUUGCAUUUUUUUUCAUAUUUAGUUUGGAUAAUUUGCUCUAUUUUUAUUAUGUUGAGUUGUUUUCACUGAUUUUCUUAUCAGGUUGAAUAUCUAAAUUAGUCAUAAUUCAUUAUGGGGUUUUAAUACGCAAACUAAGAAAUACUCGUUACUACCACAUUAGAAUUUUGAUAAAUUAAUAACCUCUCUUAA